AUGGAGUCGGAAGGAAAACUUCCUCAACCAGACAAUGCCGACGAAGCAACGCCUCUUCUAGGGAACCAGUCUUCAAAUUACCGGUCCACAGACGACAUAAAGCCUAGAUUCACGGUCUCUGAGGAUGAUCUCGAGUCAAGGUUGCCGUCGAGGGGUUAUGCGUUGGAAGACGACGCGGCCUUGGUCACCCUGGCCAAGGUAAGCUCGAUUCCUCAAGGAUUGGAUAUUGAACCGGACCUCGAGCGAAUCUUCCCCACUACAUCAGCGACCGAUGAUGCAGGUGGCAGCACCAAUGAGGAUACAAGCUAUGCUGCUCGGUUCCUGAAUGUCAGUCCCAUGCGGUUCUGGUUGAUCUUCUCGGGCGUUCUUCUCGGGUACGUGAUCGGUUUUUUUGACUCAACUUUGAUGGCUUCCAGCCAUCCAGUCAUCACGUCUCACUUUCAUGCCUCGAACUCCGCUUCCUGGCUGUCUACCGCGUUUCUGUUGACCUCUACCGCGUUCAUGCCCCUGUUCGGCCGGGUGUCUGAUACUUUUGGCCGGCGUCCGGUCUACUUAUUCUCCAUCUUUGUUUUCUUCGUGACCACUGCCUGGUGUGCCAUGGCGCAGAGUAUCGGCAGCUUCAUUGCAGCGAGAGCCCUGUGUGGGCUCGGAGCGGGCGGCGUGACUUCCCUGGGAAUGAUCAUCUCCAGUGACCUCGUCCGGAUUGAGUACCGUGGAGUGUACCAGUCUUACAUUAACCUCUCUCUGGGCGUCGGCGGCUCCUUGGGUCUUUCGCUCGGGGGAUUUCUGUGCGACCAAGUAGGAUGGCGAGGUGCGUUUUACGUACAACUACCCUUCAUCUUCGUCUAUUUUAUAGUCACAGCAUGGACCGUGCCUGCCGACCUGGGUAUCAAAAUGGUGGGUUCCGGACGGAUGACAAUCAUACAGUUGCUCCGAAGCGUUGACCUGACGGGAUCCUGCCUCCUGAUUAUCGGCGUGACAGCGCUGAUCGCGGGUCUCAACCUAGGCGGCAAUGUCUUCAGCUGGAGCCACCCUCUUGUAAUCUCCUCCUUGAUUCUAUCUGCGAUCUUUGCUGUACUGUUUGUGAAAUAUGAGCGACAUGUUGAGCGUGCUGUCAUGCCCAUUAGCCUUCUCACCAAGAACCCCCGAGCCAGCCUGAUCUUCGGGAACUUCUUUGGAGCCAUCGCUGUCAACACAGCCUUCUUCAAUGCCCCUCUGUACUUUCAAGCGGUAAAACUCGCGACACCCACGGAAUCUGGCCUCCGACUGAUAGCCCCAUCGCUUGCAGUCACCAUGUCCAGCGUUGGUACGGGCUUCCUCAUCACUCGGACUAGGCGCUGCAAGCCGACUAUUGUUUUGGGCGGGUUUUUACUAGUCCUUGGAGGCAUUGCCACAGCGACAAUUGGGGCCGACACUCCUGACUGGCUGGCAAUGCUCUCUCUGUCCUUCGCACCUCUCGGUCAAGGCUUCUCCUUCCCCUCUCUGAUGAUCUCUGUGCUUGCCACCAGUGAACAGGACGAACAAGCCGUUUCCACCACCACUCUGGGAUUGUUCAGAAAUUUGGGAACCGUGCUAGGCGUUUCGAUCAGCAGCUGGAUCCUCCAGAAUUCCCUAGUCCUAGAACUUGAGAGAAUGGUCACUGGUCCUGAAAAGCAAGAUAUCAUUCUUCUAGUGCGAAAAUCGGUUCGUGCCAUUGCCGAACUAGAUCCUUUGCAUAAGCAGCAAGUUAUCGAAGCAUACGCAGCCUCUCUUCGCAUCACCUUGGGUUCGGUAGCCCUCUGGGCUUCCUUCAUGUUCCUACUACAUUUUCGACUGCGUCUCCCGGUCCUGGGUAGCAAGAGAACAUGA